AUGAGCACACGGGACAGAAUUACAGAGCCCCCAUCAUCAUCACGAACGUCAAGUUCUACAACAUCCAACCGGAAAGCACCAGCAUCCUCACAACACGGGGCUCCAAUAUCUUCAAGAAAUGGAUCAAAACAUAGGAAAUCGGAAUCAUCAUCAAAGAAAGGCUUCGGCAAGAAAAAUGCUGGUACAUCAGUUUCGGUCCAAGGAAUGAAGAAACGGUUUCAAAGCUUGUUGGUGAAAACCAAGGAGAGCUAUGAUGCGGUCGAUCCUGUUACAAAACAAGUUAGAAACCCUUCUGCCCUAUUUUCAAGCCAAUCAUCCAUGGAUCCAACAAGCUCUUAUCAAUCAGGAAAUAUUUCCCCUUCGUCAGCUAGCGAAUCGAUGUCAGAUUUCGAUAGAGCAUCAUCAUAUAGCUUCGGAAGAGAGCCUCAAGGAUCAACAAGCCAAACCGGUUCUUCAAGCCCCUCUGUUGUAAGUGAUGACGACGAAUCUGUGGGUUUUGGCGCAGCGGAUGACACCUUCAGCACAACAGGCUCCGUUGAAAUGAGCGUCUCGAUGUUGAACCAAGACAUGGAUAUUUCAACAAAUGAAUUUAAACGAUUUUCGGAAUCUCAACCAACACAAUCUGAGACAGUGGUUAUUCCACCAAAACAAUUAGAGCUUUUACAAGAAAUAGAUUUUACUGUCACAUUAACAGAAACUGAAACAUUUUUCUUAUUCGACAAAUACGACGAAAGCGUGAAAGUAGACGACCCAAAGAUCGAAGAAAUUAGAGAAAGAAAUAGAAUUUACAAAGAGUUAAUUAAAAACAAAGAGAACAACAAAGAUAACUAUGUGGAAAAGCAUGUCCAAACAAUGGGAAAAUUUUAUAAGAAUAAGCGUACGAACACGUCAAAGACAGAAUACGAAACUGCAGAGGUUCAAGUAUCUGCAUAUCAAAUAUAUGAUGAUUAUCAAGAUAUCCGAGAAAGAGAAGAACGAGAAAAAGAGGAGAGAGAAAUAAUGACAUCUCUAUCCAACAAACACGACAGUGAAGAGGAAGAAGAAGGUGAUCUUGAAGAUGAUGGAGCUGAUGACUCCAGUAUUGGAAGCGGACGAUUGACAAACAUGACCAGAGCUAUUAACGCGUAUCAAGAACUAGUGAUCAGUCGAGCAUUAGUUCAAAACCUGUAUCACAACAAACAGAGAAAAUAUAUUUAUAUCGAAGAUGAAAAACCAGAUUCUGUCCAAAACAUACCUCCCAUUACCAUUUCUCAAAAAGAGGUUAAAGAGGACGAAACGUUGGCAACUCCAAGGAGCAUAGAUAUUGACAAUGACGAACCUGAGGCUCUUGAUAUGAAAGAAGACCAGAAAGAAAAAGAAAGACUUGAAGAGCAUGAUAACGAAAAUACUGUAGACAUUGACGUCGAAGAAGAUACCAAUAAUGCUAAACCAUCAGGAGUUUUAACAUCGCUUUGGGAAUAUAACUGUAACUCAGUAGUGAACUACAAUGUAAACUGUAUGACAUGGAACAAGAAAAACAACGAUAUUCUAGCAGCAGCCUAUAGCUCAGGAGACAUAUCGGACAUGCAGCAAGGAAAUGGUUAUAUUUUGUGCUGGAGUGUGAAAAACCCUUCAAAUCCAGAAAGAGUUCUUAAGGUUCCACAAGCUGGUGUGAAUAGUGUUAAUUUUUCUGCCACAAAUGCAAGUAUUUUAGCUGCUGGGUUUGAGGAUGGUACUGUUGCGAUUUAUGAUAUUCGACGAAAAGAAAGCACUCCAGUUAUGGAAACGAUCAAAAGCCAUACUGGAACUGUUUGGGAUCUCAAGUGGGUAAACAGAGGUAAAGAUACUGGAGAGCGACUGCAUUCCGUAGGAGUUGAUGGAAGAGUAAAUUCUUGGACCAUCAAGAAAGGUCUUGAGUCAUCUGAAAUCAUGAGGCUGAAGAGAGUUGGAAGGAGUACAGAGACUGGAGGCGACGCCAUGAUAUCUAGAGAGUCUGGAGGAAUGAGCAUUGAUUUUUCACCUAUUGACAACAAUAUUUAUCUUGUUGGCACAGAGGAUGGAUCUAUCUUCAAAUGCUCGACGUCGUAUAAUGACCAUCCAUUGGAAACAUAUCUUGACCAUACUGGACCUGUUGCCGAUUGGACUGUUAAGAUCUGGAAUCAAGACUCGCUGGCACCUAUUUUCACUAUUGAAUCGUAUUCAGAGAAGAACGACCAGCGAUCGUAUUCUGUGACAGAUGUUGCUUGGAGUAAAUAUUGCUCCACAAUGUUUGCUACAUCCUCAAUAGUUGGUGAUUUGGAGGUAUGGGACUUGUGUUAUUCGACAGUUCGACCAAAGUAUUCAAAGAGCAAACCUGGAUUGAAAUUGACCUGCACACUUUUUGCUGAGGAUGUCCCCAUUGUACUGGUUGGAGACAGUCAAGGCUCGAUUGAAGUUCUAAGAACAGAAGGAGCAUCAAAUUCACAAGAGACCUCUCUAGAGAAAUUGCUGCAAUAA